AUGUUGGUCUGUGGUUGGAUCUGUUACAUCAAAACGUCCAGAGACCUUUGGGAUUCCAAACGAGCUAGUCGAAACUUCAUAGUGGAAUUGAUGAUUGCAAUUCGAGAACUGUCGGACUUCCUCAUCAUCGGAGCACACGCUUGCUCACUCGUGCAGGCUAUGCCCGCCUUUGUACUUCCAUUCGCAGACGAACAAGAUGGAGAUGGAAUUAGCUUAUAUAAUUUCCUUCUUGGCAGCAACCAGCUUCUCGGCCCUGAUAGACUAUUUGAGAAGUCAGCUGGACCAGAUGACGGAGACCUUGCAGCCCAACGAGAAGACUCUGAGCCUACAGCUGGAUUUAACGUUGUUCAUUCUUGA